CUCAGCUAAGAGCAGAAUGACCAUCGGCGCUGGCCAACUUGUCUGUGUCACCGGCGCUUCCGGUUACAUCGCUUCCUGGCUCGUCAAGUUCCUUCUCGAACGCGGCUACACUGUUAAUGCGACCGUUCGUGACCCAAGUGAUCCCAGGAAGGUAGAUCACUUGCUCAGCCUUGACGGUGCGAAGGAGAGACUGCAUCUCUUCAAGGCGAAUCUUCUAGAAGAAGGUUCCUUUGACUCUGCCGUUCAAGGUUGUCACGGUGUGUUCCACACUGCUUCUCCGUUUUUUCUGAGUUCGAAGGACCCGCAGGGUGAGUUGUUGGAUCCAGCAUUGAAGGGGACAAUGAAUGUUCUGAAAUCGUGUGUGAAGUCCCGAACGCUCAAACGUGUGAUCUUAACUUCUUCUAUUGCUGCAGUUGCGUACAACGGAAAACCUCAAACCCCUGAUGUAGUGGUUGACGAGACCUGGUUUUCCGACGCAGAUUUCUGUCGGAGAAAUGGGAAAUGGUAUAAUCUUUCAAAGACUUUGGCCGAAGAGAUUGCAUGGAAAUUUGCAAAAGAAAACAACAUUGACUUGGUUACAAUAAACCCAGCAAUGGUUAUUGGACCUCUCUUGCAACCAGAGCUUAACACCAGUGCUGCUGCAGUUUUAAAUUUUUUUAAUGGUGGUGAAACAUAUAGAAAUGUUAUUUCGGGAUGGGUAGACGUGAAAGAUGUUGCAAAUGCUCAUAUUCUAGCAUAUGAGAAUGAUUCAGCUAAUGGAAGAUAUUGUCUAGUUGGAAGGGUGACACACAACUCAGUGAUUGUGAACAUGUUACGUGAUUUGUUCCCGACAUUGAAACUUCCAGAUAAGUGUGCAGAUGAAAAGCUAUAUGUGCCAAUAUAUCAGGUUUCGAAGAAAAAAGCAAACAAGUUGGGGAUUAAAUUUACUCCUUUGGAAGUGAGUCUCAAGGAGACUGUGGAAAGCUUGAAGGAAAAGAAGUUCAUCAAAUUUUAAGUUGUUACCCUUCAAGAAUAAACUUAUUAUAAAAUAAGACUUCAUUACAACUUCUAAUUGCCCAAAUAAAUUAUUCUUGGUGUGAUUUGUACUAUUGAUGAUUUAGCUUCA